CGAGACGCCGGAGACCACACCGCCGACCGUUGCCGAGACGACCGAGCCCGAAGUGCCUACUCCCUCGCCGACGAUGAUGCCGCUCGGAGCCGACGGUGCUGUCGACGACGACGAGUGCUCCGUCUGCUCGAACCUGACAGACGAGCAAGUAGCGAUUCUGGCCAGCUACGACAACGGCGGGAAGCAGGUGGUGUGCGACCCCACCUGCUUGGACGGCGUCACCGACCCUCUGCACUGCAACUACUUCGGCCUGGGACAGAUCUGCAGGGGCUGCGGCGACUGCUCUUCCUGCGAGCCUUGCCCGGGGACAACCCCCGCGCCCGAAACAACAUCCUCACCGACGAUGAUACCCGACCUCGGCUUUGAUCUUACCACUCCGAGCCCCGUCACGCCAGAGACACCGGCGCCUUCCGUUAAGGCGGUGAAGCGCACGCCCUCGCCCGAGACGCCGGCGACCGCACCGCCAACUAUUGCCGAGACCCCUGCGCCCAAAGCGACUACCCCCUCGCCGACGAUGGAGCCCGACCUCGGCUUUGAUCUUACCACUCCGAGCCCCGUCACGCCCGAGACACCGGCGCCUUCCGCUAAGCCUGUGAAGCAGACGCCCUCCCCCGAGACGCCGGAGACCACACCGCCGACCGUUGCCGAGACGACCGAGCCCGAAGUGCCUACUCCCUCGCCGACGAUGAUGCCGCUCGGAGCCGACGGUGCUGUCGACGACGAUGAGUGCUCCGUCUGCUCGAAUCUCACCGAGGCCCAGAUGGAGUCUCUGGCCGCCUACCCGGACGGUGGAAAGCAAGUCAUCUGCGACCCCCGAUGCGUCGACGGAAACUCUGACAUCACCCACUGCAACUACUUCGGCCUGGGCCAGAUCUGCCGCGGUUGCGGAGACUGCGAUGACUGCACCCCGUGCCCCGUGUUUCCCGCGCGAACCAUGUAACCGUCACGAAAGAUUGGUUACGGAUUGUUCUCAGGGCGUUCAUUUCGCAGCGGUUGUCCUUCCACCGAAGUUACUCUCGUGGGUACCGUAAAGGCUGCCCUGACGUCUUAUUUCCCAGAAAAUGUUUUCAAACGAAGGGAGAAUGCCGACGGCUACGUAGCUUGUAACAACUAGACAUUUUAUGUUUGGAUUACAUGGGUUGGUGUUGAACUUUUGUGCGAACGUCAGCAAGCCGUUAUCAGUGUGACGCGGCAGGGGUGGCGUAGAGGGAAAGAACACAUGCCUUGUGAGAGUCAGCCGCCGGCUCUUUAUGGGCGGGCAAACAUAUCAUUUUAUGAUGUUUAUGUGGAGGUUUGCAUUUGUUAGAUUCCUCCGGCGAAGAAUUCUUCUCCCUGGCGAUUCCGCAGAUGGUGAGAACAUCAGGGGGAAGGGCGAAAUUGUUCUGCGUUGUGCAUUCGGCUUGUCGCCGUCAAGGGCAUCAUGCAUGCAUAGGUGAGGUGUCCUAUUGAUUUGUCGUUUGACGUUUUGUGAUUGAUGAGUAGUAGUCUAGCCUAUUACGUUUUUUUCGUGGACUGAUGCUUUAUGGUUGAUGUAUUGUUUGACUGAUGGGAGUGACUUCGGUUGGUUGGGUAAGUGAAAAGGGGGGGGGGGGUUGUUUGUUGGAGGUCCCCUUGUCGGCACGUAGCCGUGGGGCUUCCACGUUGAAAUUCUUGUCGAGGUCGAACGGGAAGCUACUGUAGGGAGCUUCGAUUUCGCCACAGCAAUAGCGCUCUAGGCAGAGGGUGACGUUUGCCUCCUACGUAAUCGUGCUUACUUACAACAGAUUGUACAUGGGAACACACAAUUGGAUGGUGUAUUGUAAUGUGGUGAAGGUUUAUGGCUGCAAUUAGAGACAUAAUCGAAUCAUGUGAUGCGGCAAAG